AUGCUUUCAGAAUAUGCUAUGGUGCAUGUCACCUACAACCUCCCUCUGGCCGUAUCAAUGACUGGCCUGUAUUGGCCCUUUCUGAGUCGACUUGAUGUACUCAAGAUUUUCAGCUUGGUUACUAUUUCGGUGAUAGCAACAACUCCGUGGGACUCUUAUCUUGUGCGAAACAAGAUCUGGACAUACCCCGAACAUGCUGUCAGUGGCUACACAAUCUUCUAUAUCCCGUUAGAAGAAGUAUUCUUUUUCAUUAUCCAAACCUACAAUACCGGUAUGAUCUAUACUAUUAUAACACGAAGAUUGGUUUUACCGUCACAUCUUCAAAAACCACCCCGUGCUCUUCAGAUUCUCGGCGGGUUAAUUCUCGGCUCUGCCGCGUUGGGUGGUGUCGCUGCAUUCAUGAUUGGGGAUAAAUAUACUUACAUAGGACUGACGGUUGCCUGGGCAUGCUCGUGGCUAUUGCUUCAAUGGGUGUUCGCCUCUAAUCUUAUUCUCAAUUUCCCUCGCAAGGAACUUGUUGCUUCUGUUAUGAUUCCCACUGUUCUUCUAUGGGUUGUUGACACCUUGAGCCUCGGAAGAGGAACCUGGGCGAUUGAGAACUCAACUAAGCUCGAUAUUCAGGUUUGGGGUAAACUGGAAUUAGAGGAAGCGGUCUUUUUUCUUCUCAGCAAUAUCAUGAUAGUGAAUGGCCUGGUAGCUGCAGACUAUGCCAUCGCGAUGCUGGACUGCCAAAAAGCCCAGUCUACCGGAGAUAUAGAAGAGCACUUCUCAAUACGCAAGGCUUUGACUUCUUUUAUAGCCCCGGAGGAAAAGUCCUGUACUUCCUUUGUCACUGGUCUGAGGAAAUCAGUCCAACGGUUGGCCAUUUCCAGUCAGAGCAUGUACAUGGGAAGUGCAAUGUUCCAAGGUCCUUUGCGCAUAGAUCUCAUCUUCCUUUACUCCUUCUGUCGCAUAGCUGAUGAUCUCGUCGAUGCUUCCAGUUCGGAGACUGCAGAGACAAUCAUCGAGCAAUGCGGCCAGCUAUUGGAUGCUAAAUUCGCUUCGCCGAGCGACUUUCCGAAGAGUGUUGGUCCUAAACUGCAAAGCUUCCAUGGGCUGACCGAGCUUAUCGAAGCUAUUGAUUAUCUUCCGGUCUCUCGGCUUCGGAUUGAGCCUCUCCAAGGGUUGCUAGAAGGGUUUAAACAGGACCUGCAAUUCAAUCACCACAAAAGGGUAUUUCCAAUAUCUUCCGAAGCAGAGUUGGAAGAUUAUGCAUACCAUGUGGCGGGAACAGUGGGGCUUUGUGUUCUUGACCUGAUCUUUCACCAUUUCCCGCACCACCAAUUUGCCACAGAGCCAUCUCUUCGUGAAGAGGUGCGCGAAGCGGGCUGCCAGAUGGGAAUGGCCCUUCAAUAUAUCAACAUUGCCCGCGAUAUUGGUCGCGAUGCAGCCAUUGACCGAGUUUAUUUGCCCACCACUUGGUUGAAAGAAGCUGGAAUUUCAUCAGAAGACGUGGUCUUCUGUCCGUCAGACCCUCGUGUCGAUAAAAUCCGGUCUCGUGUUUUGCUCAAAGCAAAGGAACUCCAUGAUCAAUCCGAGAACGCAAUUCGAAAUUUGCCACGGGAGGUACAAGGCCCUCUGCAUGCGACAGUGAAGAGCUAUAUGGAAAUUGGUGUUGCGUUGGAGCAUGGGGCUCGUCCCUGCCGUCCAGAUCAUAAAUUGCGACUUUCUAUCCCAAGGCGCCUAGUUGUGGUGUACAAAGCUAUGGCCUCGCAGAAGUAA